AUGGGGAAGACAGAGUUGUACUCUGUGUAUAAGAGCUUUCUGGACUGUAUCUGCCUCUAUGAGUACCCAUCUCGGAGCAGCAGUGAGGGGCCAGGGAAGAACGAGAAGGCCCCUGACGAUGGUCACCUGGCCUACCAGAAUGGAGACGUUCUACAAGAGAGGUAUGAGGUUAUCAGUCUGUUGGGAGAGGGCACCUUUGGGAAGAUGGUGAGGUGUGUGGACCGGCGCAGGGCUGGGGCAUGUGUAGCUCUGAAGAUCAUUAAGAACAUGGAGAAGUACAGACAAGCUGCUAAACUGGAGAUCAAUGUCCUGGAGAAAAUCAACAAGAAAGACCCACACAACAAACAGUAUUAUCAUGAUGGAUGCAUGGUUUAUCUGUUUCCCUCUGCAGUUCUCCAUAUCAACAAGCUGACCCACACUGACCUCAAACCUGAGAACAUCCUGUUUGUCAACUCUGACUACACCAAAACUUACAACCCUGAGAAGAAGCGGGAUGAGAGGAAAAUGGAGGAUACAACAGUAAGGCUGGUGGAUUUUGGCAGUGCCACGUUUGACCACGAACACCACAGCACCAUCAUAUCUACACACCACUACCAUGCUCCUGAAGUUGUUCUGGAGCUGGGCUGGAGUCAUCCGUGUGAUGUCUGGAGUAUCGGCUGCAUCCUGUUUGAGUACUAUGAAGGCUUCACCCUAUAUCAGACCCAUGACAACCAGGAGCACCUGGCCAUGAUGGAGAGAGUACGGGGACCUCUCCCCUCUACGAUGAUCUGCAAGACCAGGAAGCAGAAGUAUUUUCACUGCAGGCGUCUGGACUGGAACGAUAGCUCCAAGGCAGGACGAUACGUCAAAGACCACAUUAAACCUCUAUGGAGAUACCGGUUAUCAGAAGCUAAGGAGCAUCAUCAGUUCUUUGACCUGUUGGAGAAGAUGCUGGAGUACGAGCCCUCCAAACACCUCUCUCUCUCCUCCGCCCUCCGCCAUCCCUUCUUCCUACCACUCCGUAGGGGCAGCAAGGCCUGGGAGAGCACCCGGAACAUCUGCCGAUGACCCCUGACAUUUAACCCUUGACAUGGAUGCGAGGAAGGACAGCCCGACCAUG